GAUGGGGCUGCCCCCGCAGCUGGGAAUCCUCCCUGGGAUACCGACAAUAUGCCCGUUAUAAAGUACCCCAGGGUUAGAGACCCUCUCUUUUAUGAAUGGGACAGGAAAGCCCAGAAAUGUGGAUUAAGACACACAGUUUAUGCUGUAAAUGGGGAUCAGUAUACUGGAGAAUGGCUGGACAACUUGAAACAUGGUAAAGGCACCCAGAUUUGGAAAAGCACAGGAGCUAUUUACAGUGGUGGCUGGAAGUUUGGGAAGAGGGAUGGUUAUGGCUCCUACAGCAUUCUUGACCCAGUGACCAAGGAAUACAAGAGGGUGUACACAGGCUGGUGGGAAAACGACCGAAGAUGUGGCCGAGGGCUGUUCUUUUACCCCAACGGGGAGCACUACGAUGGCGAGUGGAGCAAUGGUUUGCGCAGCGGCUGGGGAAAGAUGCACUACAAGGACGGCUCCGUCUACGAGGGACAGUGGCUGACGGAUCAGCCCAACGGGAUGGGCGUGCUGCGGCUCCCAAAUGGAAAUCGGUAUGAAGGAGGUUGGAAAGAUGGCAAGAAGCAUGGCCCAGGGAAAUUCUUCUACCCAGACAAGGGACAGCUGUUAGAAGGCAUGUGGGUAGCAGAUAUACCAAAGUGUGGAGUUCUGGUUGACUUUGGCAGAAACAACGCUCCAGCCCCUACUGAGUCUCCCCUCCCAGAGAUUAAACUACAUGAUCCAGCUGGUGUUUUAGCAGAGGCCCGGGCAAGGUUUGAUGACAGCCAUAAUUAAUAACCAGAUUCUGAAGGGAUAAAAAAAAAAGUUUCAAGAAUAUGAUCCUGGGUUAUUUAUUCCUUCAAGUCUCAAACCCACACCAUGGUUAUCAUGUCGUGGUCUGCCUCACCCUUCCCUCAAGGCUGUUCAGGUAAACUUCCCUCUGCAGGUGGCUUUGCUCAGUAGCCUCCUCACACCCUCAUUAUUUUGGAAAAGAAAGGAAAAAGCUUGAGGGGAAUAA